AUGGAAACGGAGACACAAAUCGAUCACGUCCUGAUUGAUGGACGGCAUUUCUCGGACAUUAUCGACGUACGAACCUAUCGGGGCGCUAACAUCGACUCGGACCACUACCUUGUGAUGGUUAAGCUGCGUCCAAAACUGUCCGUUGUGAAUAACGUACGGUACCGGCGCCCGCCGCGGUAUAAUCUGGACCGACUGAGGGACACCGAGGUCGCGACUGCCUACGCGCGGCAUCUCGAAGCAGCGUUACUAGCGGAGGAGGAGCUCAAUGAUGCUCCCCUGGAGGACUGCUGGACCAGAACUAAAGCAGCCAUCAGCAAUGCUGCGGAGAGCGUCCUGGGAUACGUGCCAAGGAGUCGACGGAACGAAUGGUGGAGGCAGCACUACGAUGAACAUCUGAAUAGUGCACAGGCGGACAAUCAGGCGUUGGAGGAGGAAGAUUAUGUCAGUGUUGCAGCCGACGGAGAUGUACCAGUGCCCACUAUGAACGAGUUCAAGGAAGCUAUCCAACAGCUCAAGACCAACAAAGCUGCUGGUAAGGAUGGUCUAGGAGCAGAACUCUUCAAAAGGGGACCGGAGAAACUGACGGAAUGCAUGCACCGAAUAAUCGAAGAGAUCUGGGACAGAGAACAGCUACCGGAGGACAUCUGUGUCUGCACGGAAAACAGCAUCCCGUACGAGGACGAACAGCUGCUCUGCCAGGAAGCUCAUUAG